AUCAACUCCUUGCAUGAAUUCCAUUUUUAUUGCCCAAAAAUGCCUAAAACAGUAGGUGUCACACAUGCUGAUCUCGCCCCAAGUCGUCGAAGCACCGAAUUAGGCAGCAAAACCGGUGUUGCUUUCAUAGUUGUCACCAUCAUAUGUGGUCUCUUCUGCUUCGUACUUUGCCUCAUAGCCGAAGCCACUCGUUCCCAGGAAAAAUGGGUGGAGAGUGAAGAAGAUGGGAAAGACGUGAAAUAUGAAUGCAUAUACAGUGGAAGCGGGAAGAUGGCAUUGUUGUGUUCAGCAGUGGCAUUUGUGGGACUUGCAGUGGUGAUGUUGGUGGAACAUAUGUACAUGUUGAUUGCGGUGAGUAAAUCACCGCCGCCGGUUCUGCUUUCAUGGGAUCCUGAUUCCACUCAGUUCAAGACUCUCACCUGGCAGGCUGGAUUUUUCUUUGUCACCACUUGGCUUUGCUUUGCGGUGGCGGAGAUUUUGUUGUUGAUAGGGCUAAGUGUGGAAUCGGGACAUUUGAAAAACUGGUCGAAACCGAGAGAAAGCUGUCUCAUAAUCAGAGAAGGUUUGUUUUGUGCGGCUGGUGUGUUGACAUUGAUGACUGUUUUCUUGGCGGCUGGCCUCUACUUGACUGCAUUACAUGCCCAAAAGUUGUUCCAACAACAGCAACUUGUUCGCCAACAGGUACUUGAAACCACCGUCCUAUACACAUCGCCACCUGGUUCGCCACCACAUCGGUUGAUAACCAUGGCGAGAGAAGACCCCGUGAUCAGAGAGUUGCCUAACCAACCACCUCCGUUUUCGUUUUCCGGGGGAUUUCAGAAAGCAAUUUGAUGGUUGUAUUUAGAGCAAAGCAAAUUGGGUGCCUGGGGCAAAAGCUGAAGGCACAAACUAGAGCUAUAUUUGCAUUAGAUAUACCAAAAGAAAAAAAAAAUUACUCUUUUGAUUUUUGUAAAUGAUAAUUUUUUAUACAAUGAAAAAAGUAUAUAACUUUAAA